AUGAUCAUUCUAAGGGAUGAAAUUAUUUUGGAUGACGCUAUUUCUGGUGAUUCCCAAAACGCUGAUUCUAAGAAUCAUGAUGUGAAUUAUACAAAGAAAUGUGAAAAGCCUACUCAAGAUAUCUCAGGAGUUUUGAAAACCAAAUGUUUAGUUGAUAUAAAAGAUUCUAGAUUAUCAGUACCAUUAAAAUCUUUUCCUCGUCAAAAUUAUGCAAAAGAGGUAUCAAAAUUCACAAAUAAACAAAACAAUAAAGGUGGCAUUAUUAAAAUUGAUAAAAAGUUAUUACUUGGUAUCAAUGCACCUUCUAAAAGACUUGACAAUACAAUAAACAUUGGAGAGCUUAUAAAAGAGGCAGAAUCAGAGCUUACCAAACUUAAACUCAUCAGCGACAAUGCGACCAAGAAGAAAUCAAAGGCCUACAAGAUAUUUAUUACACGUCCUACUCUAGCUACUAAUAAGAAAAAUACAGAAUUUGUGAAAAGAGUUGGUAUCACCAAAACGGAUCAAGAAUUCCCUUCCAAUUGUAGACAGGAAAGGCAAGGCCAUAACACCUAUAUACCAUCGUUCGCAAAAAAGAAAAAGAAAUUGACCCGACUUAAAAAGAUGGUUAUCGCCGAACGCGUGCUGAAGAAGCAGGGCAAAUCAAUCGAUAACUCGAAAAGCAAAGAGACGACUAUCUUGAAAUCUGCCAUAAUCAAUUACGAAAAUCGGUCGAAUGCAUCAGAUAAAGAAGUUGAUUCUAAGGUACAUGGGGGUACCGAUAAACUCGAACAAGACCCUUCGUCAAUCACAACCAACGAAGCGGGGAUUAAAAGGGAUAAAGAAAGAAGCUGCAAAGAAUUCAAGGGUAAAAAGAGUACAGUUAGAGGACGAAUGAAAAGGCGAGCUAGAACCAGAAAAGGGGAUUGCCAAUCACGUGACGAUAACGUAGUCACCUUAAUGCAAUUUUUGACGGACGGUAAAAAACGUAACAAAGAUGGAGCCAAACUCCCGGCUCAAGAUGGCGCACCCAAUGAGGGAAGACGCGUAGCUAAUAAAAAGCAUAUUUUUACCAACCCGAAUUAUCACGAGAAUGAUACUACCGAUAUCCCCAAAUCGAACAAAUAUUCGUCCAAAUUUAACGAGGAUGAUGUCUCAAUCGAAGAAAUGAAUAAAAUCAAUUUAGCAAAGAGGCUUAAUAAUGACAAGAAUUCUAAGACCGGCAAUAUAGAUGAUAUGGAUGCCAAUCAUUUUAAAGGGUUACGGCUAAAUUUGAACGAUAAUAAUGAUUAUUCAUUUUGCUCGCCCUUAGAUAAACAGAGAUUUAUCAAAUCACUAAUAGUUGCCAAAAGCCGGUCAGAUUUUGUCGUCAAUUACAUUUUCGAUAAUCUCUCCAUCCUGCGCGAGCAUACAAUUAAAAAGUUCGAUUCAAACAAUAUAAUUAAUACGAAUGAUAAUGAUAACCUUAACGGGCAAAACAAUAAUCUUGCAAGAAUAAAUGACAAUAAUCGGGAUCUCAGCAUUGAGGUAACAAAUGAAAUCAAAACCACGUCUCUGCACCGUAUUAAAGAGUUAUUCGAUCACUUGGAGACCGAGUACGAUGAACAGCUGUUCGAUUAUUAUCGUAGCGGCAAAUCCUGGGUGGAAGGUGACGAAAAACCUAUUAAAGAGGACAAAGACUCUCUCUCAAUAAAAUCUCGCAUCGUUAGUCAAGCCAACAUUGUCGUGAACGCCAUUCAUGCAAAUAAAUCAAAAUUCAGAGAGUAUUGCGAUCAUUAUUACGAUAAAGAUCUCGAAGUAAAGACUAGCAAACUGGUCCAAACCCUCGUUACUUUUUAUUCACGCAAAAUCGCCGAAAAUCUUACCUUAAACAAAACUCGUUCUAAGAAGAGAAUGGUGUAUGGGAUGAAAGAAAUCAAUAAGUGGAUUCUAAUGGAUAAAAUCAAAUGUGUCAUACUAGCUCCUGAUAUAGAAAAUGUGCCAGGCAAAGGUGGAUUGAACGAAUUGAUAAAUGGGUUGAUCCAAACCUGUAGAUUAAACAAAAUCCCCAUCAUUUUCGGCAUAAAAAGAAGGCUCAUGCCAACGUUUAUGAUUCCCAAAAAGGAAGGUAGUAAUCCCAACAAAGUAUCUCAGGAUAAUGGCAUAAUAAAAUCUCGCAAGCUUAAGAUCAACGUCAGCGCUAUCGGGAUCUUGAAUUACGAAGGGGCAGAACGUCUUUAUAAGGAUAUGAUUUACAAAGUGGACACACUUCGACAAAAAUAUAUGAAAGAUUUUCUUUCAAGUUUGGCAGAAUAUAUUGUACAAUACAACGAUUGACACAUGCCUCAAAUAUUUAAAAUAAUAUUGUUAUUUAUUAUUAAAAACUAUUACAUUACAUCAAAAAAAAACGCGUAUAUUAUUUAAUAUUUUUUAUACUUUUAACUCUAUUACUUAUAAACUUAAGUGUAUCGAGGACUUCA